GAUUGUGAUAUAGCUGUUCAAAAUUUUUGGCGGAAGGAAAACAUUAUGUGAAUGUUUACGGAAAUAAUCGCAGAACGGGUCCUCUGAUCAUGCGGGAUCAUGUCAAGUCCCCGAAAAACUCGACGAAAAGUAGAAUUAGAUGAUGCUGUUGAACUUAUUUCAAAGUGCGACUCCAGCACCAAGGUUCGGGGUAACCUUCAGCUUCAGCUGGCUCUGGACACCAUCCAAGAUGUGGCAGAGACAGAAGGCCUGCAGCCUGCACAGAUCACCACACUGCUGGACAAGGCAGCCAGUAGUGUCUUAGUACAAACGGUGAGCUCUCGGCUGAUCCGAUGUCUGAUCCCGAGAGUGUUUGUCCCGGAGAAGGCGGUGGUGAAGGCAGUGUCAUGGAUGUGCACCAACAAACCCUCCACUACAAUACAGAGUCUGCUGGUGAGAUGGGUGCUGCUGAUCUACGACCACAUGGACACCCACAACAAGCUGCACAACCUGUACGGCAUCCUCUUCUACUUCCUGGAGAACCAGACCCUGUUCCCCUACAUCUGCCAUCUGCUGUACCAGCUGACGAGGAAGGAGGAUGUAAAGAUGUUCCGUGUGCGGAGACUCCUCUUUCUGCAGAAUAAAUAUGGAUCUCAGCCGUACAUCGUGGGUCUACUGUCACUGUACAAGUUGUACUACCCGAACCUGGUGUCGGUCCCUGUUUCAGCAACCAGAAAAAUUUUCUUCAAGAGCCAUGACCGGAAGUGGGUGGAGGUGAUCAAGAGGGUGCAGGAGAAGGCGCUGUCAGAGCAGGGGCUGAGUAUCACGGUUCAGGAAUCCCAGCUCAGCAAGGCAGGAGCUGGCCCUGGAGGAGGAGCUGCUAAAAGGAUCAAUACCAGCGCAGUGAUGUCGAGGUCCAAGCGGAGACGUAUAAUCACUCCAGCUGUGCAUUCGUCAUCUCUGGAUGACAACAAGCAGAGUGACAACGUCCAGCUCAUGAUUGACCACAUCACUGUGCCCUUCGUCAGGGUGAACUCCUUCAAGGAAAUGCUCAACCAAAUCGACAGAAUUGAGUUCCCGAGCCAGAUAGCGGCGGCCCUCCAGGACCCUAUACUGCAACACGUGGUGGCAUACUCGGCUGACCAGAUAGUUGCCCUGCGGUUCAGCUACUGGCUGCAGCAUACUCUCAUUGAAGAAUUUUUUGAUCUGCCGAGAGAGAAUCGUGAUGAGAAAGAAAAGUUUCUUGACCUGCUCAUUAAUUUCACCGACUUCCUUCAGGAGGGCAUCCCGGUGGUGGACAUGUUUCUGCAGAGAUUCCUGCUGACGUGGAACGGCUCAGACUACAGGCAGCAUAUACUCAGACUCAUCUCCAGGUGUCGGAUAUACCCCUAUGGUGUGUUAAAUGACUAUAUCUUAGAACCUCUGAGAAAACUCUACUUCAGCUCAACUGUCUACUUCAAGUGCCAAGUGAUACUCACCCUGGUGGAGAUGAUCAAGAAUUAUACAGCAUUUGAGUGGCCGCGCUACAAGGAUCUGAUGGAGAAUGAGUCGUCUGUCAAGGGCCCUACGUCUUCGUGCAUGUCAAUCUUCCAAGAGCAUGGAGGGAAGUUCCGUCCUCUCCAAACCCUCCAGGACCUGAUCUACUUCACGGACAGCCUGGCCACGCUGGGGCUGCAGCUGGAGGAGGACAACACCCUGCUGGCCAACUGCGUCCUCGACUACGUGCAGCUGUUGUCUUCCCUGUGUCAGACGUACGGUGUCCCGUUUGUUGCGCUGUCUCCGCCGUCACUGCUGGGGAGGUUCCUGGUGGACGACUCAGUUCUGAGUGUAACCCGCCUCUGCUCCAUCAUGUGCAAUUACAAAGGUGCCUUUGAAGCUCUCAAGUCUAGACAGACCCCAGCGGACCUUGACCAGAUCGACCGUGAUGGCACGGAGGACAUCCAGAGCUUUAACAGACUGCUCCUGGACAUCUGUAAUGGGUUGUGGCGGAACAGAGCAUUCGAGGCCACAGGCAGCCUCGUCUUCGACUUCAACCCCUCAGAGUUACUGUCGUCCGUUCCACGACCAAAUGAAAACUUCUCCAUCUACCUUCACCAUGCCUUCCUGGGGUGCAGUCUGGCCUUCCUGAGCGAGACACAACCUGCUGGGAAGAAGGUUCACCCGAGCCAGAUCAAGGCUGUGAAGGACUAUUUCCUCAAGUUCCUGGAGCGAGAACACAUCAAAUCCAUCCCUCAGUUCAUCCGAACUUUCAUACGCAAGUCACAGAAAAAUGCAAACUCCAUUACAGAGUCCACUCAAGGCUAAUCACAAGGACACAAUCUAUGCACGUGUGUUGUGUUAUUGUGGUUCUCAUCAUCGUCAUCAUCAUUAUCAUCAUCAUCAUCAUCAUUAUACACUGCCAGUGUGUUCUUAACAUGUGUCUGUAGCGAUACACUUCAUCGAGAUGUGAUACAUAUCGCGAUAGUCAGGUUAUGAUGACAUAAAGGUUACGAUACUUCUUACAUUGUAACAGAACACUUUUGACUCAAGUAAAGCAUAUUUAUGAAACCAGGUCAGUUAUACUAACAAUGGCCGGGGUACUUACAUACCAUUGCAAAUAGACUUAUAGUAUUUCAUUAUUUAUUUUCAUUCCAAAUAAAACUAGUAAUUUUGUUCUGAAUAAUGAUAACAUAAUCAUAAUUUGGACAUGGGUAAGGAUGUUUCAGGUGAGUAGCUAAUGUGUUCCCUGAAAUAAUCUGGCAUCCUUUAUUGCCUGAAAUAAUCUGGUAUCCUUUAUUGCCUGAAAUAAUCUGGUAUCCUUUAUUUCCUGAAAUAAUCUGGCAUCCUUUAUUCCCUGAAAUAAUCUGGCAUCCUUUAUUCCCUGAAAUAAUCUGGCAUCCUUUAUUGCCUGAAAUAAUCUGGCAUCUUUAUUGCCUGAAAUAAUCUGGCAUCCUUUAUUUCCUGAAAUAAUCUGGCAUCCUUUAUUUCCUGAAAUUAUCUGGCAUCCUUUAUUUCCUGAAAUAAUAUGGUAUCCUUUUAUUCCCUGAAAUAAUAUGGUAUCCUUUAUUUCCUGAAAUAAUAUGGUAUCCUUUUAUUCCCUGAAAUAAUAUGGUAUCCUUUAUUUCCUGGAAUAAUAUGGUAUCCUUUUAUUCCCUAAAAUAAUAUGGUAUCCUUUAUUUCCUGAUAUAUUAUAGUAUCCGUUUAUUUCCUGAAGUAAUAUGGUAUGCUUUAUUACCUGAAGUAAUCUGGUAUCCUUUGUUCCCUUAAAUCAUCAGGUAUCCUUUUUUCCUGAAAUAAUAUGGUAUCCUUUUAUUCCUUGAAAUAAUAUGGUAUCCUGUAUUUCCGGAAAUAACAUGGUAUCCUUUUAUUCCCAGAAAAUAAUAUGGAAUCCUUUUAUUCAUUGAACUACUUUGGUGUCCUUUUAUUCCAUGAAAUAAUAUAUAUGUCACAACAUUUUACGUGUGAAUUGUAACAGCCCUUUUAGAAUAAAGCAAUGUGUGUUAAUCAUUAUAUUUGACUAAGUGUAUGAUAUAUAUUGGCCUUGUUUUUAUUCUUUCAAAGAUUGAACAUGUUGAAAUAUGGCACCUUUGUACAUGUGGAAACAUUGAAGUGUGUCAUGUGGAAAUAUUGAAGUAUUGCACCAUUGCACAUGUGGAAACAGUGAAGUAUGGUACCAUUGCACAUGUGGAAACAUUGAAGUAUGGCAACAUUGCACAUGUGGAAACAGUGAUGUAUGGCACCAUUGCACAUGUGGAAACAUUGAAGUAUUGCACAUGUGGAAACAUUGAAGUAUGGCACAAUUGCACAUGUGGAAACAGUGAAGUAUGGCACCAUUGCACAUGUGGAAACAUUGAAGUAUGGCACCAUUGCACAUGUGGAAACAUUGAAGUAUGGCACCAUUGCACAUGUGGAAACUGAUGUAUGGCACCAUUGCACAUGUGGAAACAUUGAAGUAUGCUGCAUGCAAACAUUGUCAUGUGGAAAUACAGAGAAGUCAUGUGGAAACAGUGUUAUAUGAAAAUGUUAAGAUAUUGCAUGUGGAAAUUUUCCAAUAUGUCAUGUUGAAAAUUGCAAUGUGUAAUGAAAACUUUUACAUGUGGAAUCAUUGCACAUGUUGUGGAAACUAGAUUAUGUGGACAUGUGGCAUCAUUGAUGCGUGUCAUACAGGAUGGCUGGUCAGUGUGUCAUAUCCUUUACUUCAUAUACAGAGCAAAAAAAUCAGGAUCAUGAGAAUUUUGGGGGAUCUUUUUUUUUGUAUUGAAAACUGAGCACACAAUUUCAUAAAACUAUCCCCCAAAAUAUUCAUGAUCCCUUUUUUGUUCAGUUUAUUACGCAUUUAAUUGUAUAUAAUAUAUCCUAUGUUAAACAAUGGGACUUUAUAGAUGAGUAUAAGCACGUGACGCCUGUAAUUUCAUUAAAGUGUGUUGUGUGCUGUAGUGUGGUCAAUAGUGCUCAAAAACUGUUAAUGUUCAAUUUGAUGUUCACCUGCUAACAAAAUACAUAUUAAGAGAUGACAAUAAGUAAUAACUUUUGCAUGUUGUUUUACAUGACUUCCGUAUGCAUGACCAUAUAUGGACAUUAAAGUAUUUGGACAUGGAAGUAUAUGGACAAGAAGUGUAUGGAUAAUGAAGUAUAUAGACAUGGAAAUAUAUGAACACGAAAGUAUAUGGAAGAGACGUGUAUGGACAUGGAAGUAUAUAGACAUUAAGGUGUAUGGACAUGGAAGUAUAUGGACAUUACGGUAUAUGGACAUGGAAAUAUAUGAACAUGAAAGUAUAUGGAAGAGAAGUGUAUGGACAUGGAAGUAUAUAGACAUUAAGGUAUAUGGACAUGUAAGUAUAUUGACAUGGAAGUGUAUUGACAAGGAGGUAUAUGGACAUGGGAGUAUGUGGAAAUUAAAGUAUAGGGACAAGGAAGUAUAUGGACAAGAAGGUAUAUGGACAAGGAAGCAUUUGGACAUGGAAGUAUAUGGACAAGAAGGUAUAUGGACAUGGAAGUAUAUGGACAAGGAGGUAUAUGGACAUGCAAGUAUAUGGACACGCAAGUAUAUGGACAAGGAGGUAUAUGGACAUGCAAGUAUAUGGACAAGGAAGUAUAUGGACAUGUAAGUAUAUGGACAAGGAGGUAUAUGGACAUGCAAGUAUAUGGACAUUGAAGUAUAUGGACAUGCAAGUAUAUGGACAUGCAAGUAUAUGGACAAUGAGGUAUAUGGGCAUGCAAGUAUAUGGACAUUGAAGUAUAUGGACAAGGAGGUAUAUGGACAUGCAAGUUUAUGGAAAUUAAAGUAUAUGGACAAGGAAGUAUAUGGACAUGGACAUACGUGUAUAUGGAAAUUAAAGUACAUGGAAGUACAAGGAAUAUAUGGACAUGAGACAUUUUGAAGAAUAUAUAAAUAUCUGAAUUUUCUUUGUUUUACGAAUUGACCCCCAAGCAUGACUGGCAUGAGAUUUCAUAAACAAAUCUGUAGACCGAGAUGUAACAAAGGUCUUGCCUCGGUUGGGUCUGUCACAUAAUCAGCUCCAGGAGGAACACUGGACGAUGAUAUGCCUCUCAAAGGAAAUGUUGAAGUAACCACUUAUAAAACUCAAAUAUGUUGACAGAAAUAUUCGCUCUCUGACUUGUUUUUUUACUCUUUCUGUGUGCUUUUAAUCAGUGAAAUAGUUGCGUAAACGUAUGUCAAAAUUAAAUCAAGAAAUUAUGAUUUUAUUUUGACAUUCCAUCAAAAAAAAUAUUUUUAAGAUUAUGAAAUUAUUUUCUAAGAUUUUUGUGGAUGUUUGUUCCCCAUUGUAUCAGUAAUUCAUUAUUCAUGUGCCAUUUAAAUGCAUCAAUAAUCACCAUAUUUUUAUCUGUUCGGAAUGUGUUGAUUUUAGAAUAGGGUUGAAGUACAAAAAGUGUAAAAAUCUCUCAUUGUAUCACGGUCAACUGUGGGGUUGCUGUAGCAGAUAUAGGUUCCACAUGCAUCUUCAUAAAUCAUUGUAUCGGUACACACCAACCUUAUUUUAAUAUGGGGGGCACGGGUGGCCCAGUUAGUGGUUUAUAGAUGUGGGUAGAGAAUAGGUCUUCAGCAACCCAUGCUUGCCGUAAGAGGCAACUAAUGGGAUCGGGUG